AUGGCACUUGCACUCCUCCAGAUUGGGUUCUGGGCGUGGCUGGCCAUCUCCCAAGCCCCGACCAUGUUCUUACCUGACACAAUGAGCGACACCGACAACUUCCUCCAAGACUGCGCUGGCUAUAACGACUCACGACGAUGGACUAACGGUAUUUAUCCCGGAUUCCCUACCAAGCAGCAAUUACGUGUCUGCACACACGUGGCAAGACAGAAUGCAUUGCAACAGACCGAAAACAUAACGAGCACCACGAGCCACAAGACCAGAGAAGUCACCAAUGUGCAGCGACAGGAACCCAAUGUGCAGCAACAAGAGCCCAAUGGGCAGCACCAAGGGCCCAAUGAGCAGCAACACCAACCCACUCCAGAACUGGACCAGCCCAUUGCAAAUCACGACAAGAGCACUUUGCAGCAGCAAAACACCAAGUCCAAAAAUCAGAACGCCAACGCACAGCAUGAGAAGGCCAUGUUAGGAAAAGGUAAAGCCGAGCUAGAGCAUGAUGAUUCCAACUCAAAGCACGAGAAUGCCGAGUCGAAGCAACUAGACGCCACUCCAUAUCAUCAGAAGCCUAACUUGGAGGAAAACGAAGCCUUUGUAGAGCAAAAUGGGGCUGAUACAGGGAAAAAGGAUGUCAAUCCGGAGGAAGCACGUGGUAAAAUUUUUGUGAUGCCACUUCAAGGCAGAAAGGUAGACCUUCUGGGUUCUAACAAAGAACUGAUAGCAUCAUCACCUGGAUCUUGCAGCCCUCGACAACACGCUAAACAGGAAUCUGUCAGUAACGUCGAAUCACCUACUCCAGGCGGGACAAAAGGCAAGAGACGACGUCGCAACGCGGCGAAAGAUAAAGUGAAAUUCGAUACUCCCAAUUCGGAUCAGCCUAAGAAGCAUCUUGACCACCAGGACAAUGCUCUCGUCACCAAAAUUGCCCCCACCACCGACAGUGGCCCCGUCACCGAUACUGCUCCCGCUCCAGAGCAUGCCGAAGUGAAGCAAAAGAGCAAGCGCCACGGCCACAGGGCUGGACGUAAUAUGCGAAAGAGCCGGAAAACGGCAAUUAAUGCGGCUGAUGUCUCGACCUCCGCUACAUCAGAUUAA